GUCACCAAGAGUAUUAAUAUACCUAUUACAGUUGGAUAUAACAUAGAGACAUAAUGGUUUGGUCGUGAUGGACACAGUGAUAAGAACUGAAAUAUAUGAAUAACGACUCAAUAUGGAUUUGGGAGAGAAUACUUGUUUUUGAUUAACUACAGAAAGGGCGACAAAGAUUUUAGAAGAGCCAUGCCAUUGUAUAUUGAUAUCGGUGACCAGUUUUCUUCUAUACUCGGGCACAAUGCUAGGAUCCCAAUUGCAAAUAGUAGCCAGAAAACAAUCGAAGUGAAGAAACUGUUCAGACUCACACCCUUCGAUGAGGAGAAUGCGGACAAGGGAGGAAAAAAGUCCGUUGCUAGCCAUAAUGAAGACGAUGAUUUGGAGGUGGAGGCAAAUAUCAACUUCAGCAUUGGGAAGCUGAAUAGAUAUGAUAAAAAGGGUCUAUAUGGUAUGACAGACGAAAGGGUAUACGAUCCCAACGUGGUAGCAUUACGGGAAUCACCUCCUUCUCGCAUGAAAGACCGCCAUCUAUUACCUAACGAUCAGGAAUACAAAACCGAGCGAGAUUACAUUAACAAUGUUAACAAUCAAAUGUCUAAUGAAACACGAUGUCAGACAUGUGCUCGGAUUAAUACAGUUGGGUCAAAGAUUAAACAGGUCAAGACAGCUGGAACAAAAGGUAGUUCACAUUCUAUGUGGGUACAAGAGGUGAAAAUUGAGAAACAGGGAACGUCAUCCGAGUCCGCAUCGUCAUGGCGGGCAUCAUUACACGCUAGUGGCUCUGAGGAACGCAACAUAUCCCAUCACUAUUGUGAUGCGUUAGGCCCGGACACAUGUUCGGAAUGUUCCACAUAUAACGUAAGAAGGAAAAGUUAUCGUGCUAUGAGAUCACGUUUUCCCGACAUAGAUACAUCAGCAAUGAGUCUAGUAGCACCAAGAUAUGCCAAACUUUUUAGAAACAAAGAAAUGACACAUUGUCGAUAUUGCGACAGAAAAUCGUUACCCAGUCAAAUAGAUCGCUCUCCAAAUACAUACAGAUUGAGAAGAACAGACCGACCAUCCCGAUUUGGAAAGCUAGACAUUGUCCAUCAACGAAAAACCCGUCCAAGAGACAUUCAUCCGACACUAGAGACAUCCGAUGAUUUGCGCCACGAGCGCGAGAAAACCUUACCCUACAUAAAAUAUAAACAAAACAAUAGAAUCGUUUCCUUGCCAAAUGUCAACGUGACUGAAAAUUCAUUUUUAUCAAAUAAAAAGAGUGUGGAUGGUUAUUCAAUCGGAGGGAAAUCAAAUCUCUCUUGCAAAAAAGUACAAAAAAGCAGUUGAUUGGAGUAAACGAUAUUAAUCAAUUAAUGAAUUUCAAUAAAAUAUAUCAUUUGAUAGAAAAAUAAUUAUAAAAUACAGUUUCGCUGAUACACGUCGCACGAAACUGGGAACAAUUAGCGUAACA